AUGUCAUCCUCUGUUCACUUCAAGUUCAAGUCUCAAAAGGAGCCUUCAAGGGUGACUUUUGAUGGCACCGGUAUCUCUGUCUUCGAAUUGAAAAGAGAAAUUAUCAAUCAGAGUAGACUGGGUGACGGGACUGACUUCGAGCUGUCUAUCUACAAUGAAGAUACUGGAGAAGAAUACGAUGAUGACACCAGCAUAAUACCGCGUUCUACGUCCGUCAUAGCUCGGAGAUUACCUGCAUCACGCCCGGGUAAGGGUGGUGCUGCUCGUUAUGUUUCCGGGAAAAUGCCAGUCAAUGCGCGCAGUGCCCCCCGUAAUGAACAAUAUCCCUUGACUCGGGCAUCUCCCAAUACUAGCAACGGUGUUCUAGAGCUCAACAAUGCCCAGACGGAGGAAGAGAAGAUCAAUGCACUCUUCAAUUUGCAAGCAAACCAAUGGAAAGAACAGCAGCAGGAAAUGGCAAACGCUACCCCUGUUCCAUUCGGCCGUGGAAGGGGCAGGCCUGUGAAUGUUCCUGAUCACCCCCCUCCCCCCGGCUACCUAUGUUACCGCUGUCGCGAGAAAGGCAAGCUGCUUUGGCAUAACUUACUGAAAGCGAAAACUAACGGUGUAUGUCUAGGACACUGGAUUCAAGCUUGCCCCACAAAUAAUGACCCAAAAUUUGAUGGGAAAUAUAGAGUUAAACGAUCAACUGGUAUACCUCGUUCGUUACAAACCAAGGUUGAGAAGCCGGAAUCCCUCACCCUGGACGGCUCAAACGAGGAUCCAAGGAACACAGGUGUCAUGGUCAAUGCCGAUGGCGAUUUUGUCAUAGCCAAGCCUGACAAGGCAGCUUGGGAAUUAUACCAGGAGAAAGCCAAAGCCUCCGCAGCAGCCGCGGCAGAAGCGGCAGCAGCAGAGUACAGCAAAGAACUGCAAGCACGUGGUUUAGAGUGUCCGAUUGACAAGCGAAUGUUUUUAGAGCCCACGAGAACUCCAUGCUGUCAAAGAACAUACUGCAAUGAUUGUAUUACCAAUGCAUUGAUCGAGAGCGAUUUUGUAUGCCCUGGCUGUGGAACGGAGGGAGUGUUACUCGAUAACCUUGCCGUUGAUGACGAGGCUAUUAGCAAGAUUAAAGAGUACGAAGCUGAAAAGGCUGAUUCGAAGAAAGAGAAGGACAAGCAACAGGCAAAUGACAUUGGUCCGGGCAUUGACAAAACAGCCAUUCAAGGCAAAGGGCCUGUUGCAACAACGGAGUCCUUGCCACCAAUUCCGCCUAGUCAACCUGCUUCUAACAAAAGACCUGCAGAGGAUGAAACUCCGCGUACCGCUGUUGGUGGAUCAAGCCCUAGUUCAUUGUCCAAGAAAUUGAAGACAAACGACAAGGCCGAUUCACAAACUCCACAGGCUACUGGGCCUGUGACCGGGUUUCCAGCUUUUCCAUUCGGCCAGCAGAUGCCGUUCGGGAGUUUUGGAUUCAUGCCGAACCAGGGUAUGCCUGCGAUGCCAUUGUCUGAUCCUAUGAACGCUAUGGGUGUUCCUUCGUCUGGUGGCUUUCCACCUAAUAUGGAUCAGUCGUGGAAUCCCAUGAAUGCUAUGAAUUUUAAUCCUGCCCCAGGAAUGUAUGGCGAUAAUGUGAACAGUUAUGCCACACCGAACCUUUACAACGGCGUCGGAGAGCCAUCUAUGAAUAUGUUCCACAUGCCCCAAAUGAUGGGACUUCAACCAAAUUCCGGUCUUGCGCAAGGUCCCGGAAUAGGUCGAUUUUCAAAUCAACAGAGAACGACGUUCAGUACGCCAUUUGCCAGGGAAGAAGACACGGCUUAUUUCCGGCAACCUGUUAACCCACAACGGCACCAAGCGAGACACAGGAGGAUACGGCCAAGUGACUAUCGAGAACUCUAA